UAUAUUGCGAUGCAAAACAACAUGGCGGGAAUGAGAGAGCAAUACGACACUGCUCUGCUCGGAAUAUUACAACAUGAGGGACAGAUUGCUGGAUUUCUGGACGCCAUGUUUGGAUUUUUGUAUAGAAGGACUGACUUUUAUCGGAUAAUGAAACAGAAGACAGACAGGCUAGGAUUCCCUCCAGGAGUGGCAGUUAAACUUUUACUCAAUGCCUAUAAACAGUAUGAAGACUUGGCAAGAAAGGAUGAAGCAGAAAAGGAAAACUUAAAGCAAAUGAAAGAGGCAUUGGAACCGACUGAUACAGUACCUCCAGCAGCUGUUAGAACUGUAGAAGUACCAACUUCCAACCAGCCGAUUGGGGAAGUCAGCGGUAGAUCACCAGGAUCUGUUGAUUCAGGGGAGAGUACCUCCGCAUCAGGCAGCCAUGAAACACCACAGCCAAUGGUCACAGAAGAUGCCAGUCGAGUUGAAAACAAACCUUCUGAUAAAAACAGUGAAAAGAAAGACCAGGAUCCAGAACUCACAAAACAACAAGAGAAGUUUCAGGCCAACCCCGCCAGUCACAAUGGCGCCAUGAGGGACAACUAUUCUUGGUCACAAACCAUCAAUGAUGUAGAUGCACAGAUCAAAGUACCAAAGUAUGUAACGAAAGGCAAAGAUGUGAAGGUUGUGAUCGAAAAGAAGCGAUUGAAGGUUUCCUACAAACUGGACACUGGGCAGUGGCUGGACAUUAUGAAUGAUGUACUGUCCUGGGACGUAAUGAAGGAAGAGUCUAUGUGGAGCCUGGUGCCUGGUGACCACAUACAUGUGAAUUUGGAGAAGAAAGAGGAGCGAUGGUGGGAGGCAUUACUUGUUUCAGAAACCAAGAUAAAUGUGAGGAAGAUUGAUGCCAGUCGACCGAUGUCUGAUCUAGAUGACGAGGCUCAAGCCAAGAUUGGGGAGAUGAUGUAUAAUGAUCGACAGAAGAAACUGGGACUCCCAACUAGUGAUGAAAAAAAAGUUCACAACUUACUGCAGGAUGCCUGGGAUGCAGAUGGGUCACCGUUCAAAGGACAGCCUUUUGACCCCUCAAAGGUCAACAUGACUCCUGGCGGUGUUGUCUCCAUUAACGAGGAUAAACCAUAACUAUUCAGAAAAGCAGACAUCGCCAAUCCAUCUUCGCCACAAUUGCAAGAAAACGUUGAAAAUUGUUUGCAUGCCGAGUUGAAAUAGAACUGCUUUAAUUUAGUUUCAGUUCUGAAUCUUUGCUUUAUUGUUAAAGAUUGCUUAAUACAAAACAUGUUCCAUAUUGAAGCCCUUGUAAACAGCGACUACUCGAAAGAUAACGGAAAUCCUGGUGGUGUUGUUUCCAUUAGUAAUAAAUAAACCAUAAUCGAUAAGAUAAACUGACAUCGCUAAAACCGAUGAACAAACUCUGCAUGUGGAGUUGGGAUACGAAGGUAACUGCAUUAGGUAAAUUUUGUUUCCUUUCAUUAAAUGUAUUGUUAAAGAUUGUUUAUAAAAAAUGUCAAUGCAAAAUGUUUCGUGUAUGAUUUUCUUUGUAAUGCAGGUUAUCAAUUAGAUUUACCAGAUCUGAUUAUAUUUGAUCCUGAAGUAUUGUCGACAAAUUAAUUCCAAACUUUGGAUAUUCAUUUUCUCUUUACAAGAUCUGCUGGUGUUAUAGCUGGGCAAGUCUAGUGAAUAAGUGUGGAUCCAUUUAAUCUGAACAUGUGUGAUAUCAACAAAAACAUUCAAAAUCUUUCAUUUUCUUCUCGAGUUGUCAUAUCACUGAAAUUGUGAUAUCUGGUAGAGGAGUGAGAAUGUAAACAUUUCUGUUGACCAAGGUAAUAUGGAGCAAAGUAAUCCGACACAAGAGAAAACAUGGCAAAGUAUUGCAAGGCAAUC